GUUAGGUAGAAUCAAAUUAAAUAUUAAAUUGUGGACUGUGGUUGUGGUUAUAAUUAAAAACUAGUGGUCCACCGGUCCACCAGUGUUUUUAUUGUUUUGGAGUUCUAAAUAAAAGUACAAACAUGGGAGACAGUUUUACACCUGAAGAAUUAGAAUUACCAUCAUGCAAAUAUGAAUAUUUGGAUCACACAGCCGAUGUACAGUUACAUGCUUGGGGUGACAGUUUAAUAGAAGCUUAUGAACAAUGUGCCAUAGCAAUGUUUGGAUACAUGACAGAACUCGAUAGUGUUGAAAUACUACAAUCUGCAGAAAUAGAAGCCACAGGACAUGAUUUAGAAAGUUUAUUGUUCCACUUUUUAGAUGAACUAUUAUUUUUAUUCAGUUGCGAACCAUUCCUUAUAUGUAGCAAAGUCACUAUUACAGAAUUUGUCACUGAAGGUGAGGAAUAUAGGAUAAAAUGUAAAUGUUAUGGUGAAGAGUUUACGUUAGGUAAGCAUCCACAAGGAACAGAAGUGAAAGCUAUUACUUAUUCGGCUAUGCAAAUUGUGAACGAACCAGCAAAAAAACAGUUUGAAGUGUUUGUUAUUAUUGAUAUUUAAUGAUUGUUAAACUGUAAUAUACCCAUUUUUAAGUUUUCAUAUAA